GUCUCAAAAUUAAAAAUUAACAAAUGGCAUUAAGUCAGCUGAUACGCCUGAACAUGGCUCAUAUCCAGGCCAAAAUGUGCAGUACUAAGAGCCUGUCCAGCAAGCCGACCAAGUCCUCCUUCGCCAAGUUGAUGAAGCCCAUGAAGGAGUUUAAGCGCUCGCGGAUUCCGAAGAUCAGUGUAGUUGGCGCCGGUCAGGUGGGCACGGCGAUCAGCUGCAUGCUGCUGCUCCGUAAUCUCACCAAGCACCUGGUCAUACUGGACAUUAACUACGAGCUGGCCAAAGCGGAGGCACUGGACUUUCAGCAGGCCUCCGCCUUUCUGAGCGAUGCUAGGGUGGUGCCCUGCGGCGAUAGUGCCAACUCCAAGAAUUCCGAUGUGGUGAUCAUUACGGCGGGGGCACGGCCCUCCGGCAAGGAUCGUUCCCGCCUGACUGCGAUGAAAAAGACCGUCGAGAUCCUCAAGAAGGCGGUGCCCAAGCUGGUGGAGCUCAGUCCCAAGGCCACCUUCAUUGUCAUCUCGAAUCCCGCCGAUGUUAUGACCUACGCUGUCCAGCGGAUUGCCAAGCUGCCCAAGCAUCGCUGCUUCACCACUGGCUGCCACCUGGACUCGGUGAGGUUCCGCAACCUGAUUGCAAACCGCCUUCGAUUGCCUCCGUCUCAGGUGCACGGCUAUGUGAUCGGGGAGCACGGCGCCAGUGCGGUUCCAGUGUGGUCCAACGUCUCCGUUGCCGGCAUCCGGCUGAAUGAUGUGGUCAAGAACCUGGCCUGCGGCGAUGAUCCCGAGAACUGGGCGGAGAUCAACGAGCAGGUCGUCACCGGCGGACUCGCGGUGGGCAAAACCAAGGGCUACACCAACUGGGCCGUUGCCCUCACCUGCACGGAUAUCGUGCAUGCGAUGUGCGGCGGCAAGGGCAAGAUCGCGUCCGUGGGCACCGAUAUGCAGGGAAUGCACGGCAUCAAGGACAACGUGGUGCUGUCGCUGCCCAGCCUGGUCACCGCCGGUGGCAUCAGCCACGUCUUCGAGCUGCCCCUCACGGAUGUGGAGCAACGCAAGCUGCUGGCCUCCGCCGACGUCCUUCUGGAGGCCCAAUGCUCUCUGGAUAUUUGAACAUUAUUCAUUUCAGUGGGGAUUGGCCAAGUCAAUAACGAAGCAGCUGAGCUACAGCUAACACCUUUGGAAAGUUCUUGGAAAAGUGAGCUGGAGGAUUAUAUUAAGGAUGGUUUCAAGGCUGUCGGGUAUUACGAAUUAUUGUAAAUAUACCUUUUGGAAAUCUGGAAAUUCUGAAAAAAGAAAACCAGUGAGAUCAAGCAAUGUAUUAUUCUGGGAAAUAGCCCAGCCCAUAAAAACCACGCCCAAAUCUCAAGUGGAAAGUGAAAACCAGAGAAGACCAGCUGUGGGAGCGAGUAGGCAAGCCCUUUGCCCUUUCCACUUUCAGCUAGAGCGAGCGAGAUGAACACACACGAGUGUUUUGUAGACGAGCUACACAUAAAAAUGCAGCGAUACCAGAAAUCUUUUGCCGCUCUUUUCGUUUCUGUGGCCCUGUUAGUGGACGUCAAAAAAUUUGUAAUUUUCCCAAAAUUUAUGAUUUACAUCUCUUGGCGCAGUGACAAUUCUUUCGAAGACUACGGAUCCCCAAGGUCUUGGGGCAGGGCGGCCGAGAAAAAUCGAAAGUCAAAGGUCUUGGAAACGAAUAGGUGACCAGCGCGAAUGAGAAAGCAGCUGACGAGCGCCAGCAAAGAAAUGUGGAGAUCCAAGACGCUGGGGGCCUUGCAUUGCGCAACUUUUGGAGCCAAGGUCUACGAGUGUAGCAGGCGCCCACGAAUCCCAGCAGCGAUUAGCGAUCGCGUUCCACUCAGCGCAUUUUGUCUAUACCAGCAUUAUUUUGAU